AUGACUAAGGUGACCAGGAAACCACGGGAGCCUAUGAAGCGACCAUCCACAAGUACCAAAGGGAGGAAGAGAGCGAAGACUCCCUACCAGUCUAGCUCCCGAGUUGUUGCCAAGGUGCUAAAGACUUCCAAGAAGCUAAAACAGCCCUUUCGUAGAUGCUCAAGUAAAAAAGCCUCUAAAAAAACUCCCACUGUAAUAAGAAAGCCUAAGAAAAGUAGAGGGCUAACACUAUUUGGUCAUUAUCACCGGCUGAAUAAGAAACUGAAAGAAAAUGAGCCAGGUCGUCAUCGAAAAAACAUGGAUAAUUCACCUGUUUCAAGUGAUGACCUGGGCAGCCAGUAA